AUGGCUAGUUAUAUUGAAGAAGAAAUUAGAAAUAUUAUAAAUGAUAUUUAUCUAUCUACCAUUUUAAUUGAUAGUAGUAAAAUUGUAAAAAGGGAAAUAUCAUUUUUCCUUGGUAUAAGCGUAAAUGAUUUGUUUCAACCAUUUGGUCUUUGUGAUUCAUUUAUAAAUGAUGACAAUGAGAAAAUCGACCUGAAAUUGAACGCAAGCAUAAAUAUAAAUUAUUUAAAUAAAAAUAAUACUUUAAAUGAAAAGGUAAUUGAAAAUAAAAAUUUUAAAAUACGAUUUAUAAAUGCAAAUGAAUAUGAAGAUGUCAAGUUAGAAUAUCUUGAUAAAAUUUUGAUUGAUACUAUUUCAUAUAAUGAGCCAGAAUAUUCUGAUAUAUAUAAUGAACAAAAUCUGCAUGCAUAUUUUAAAAAAAAUGAGAAAGACAACAUUUCUUUAAAUAAAAAGUACUUUGAAUAUAUAUGUGCUAAUUCAACUGUACUACAUAAAGAUAUCAAAAAAGAUAUAGUAAAAAAUAUUGAAGAGAAUAAAAGAGAGCAAUACAAAGAAAAUAUCGAAAAAAGGAAAUAUUAUCCAUAUGAUAAUAAUACAUAUGAUAACCAUACAUAUAAUAACAUUACAUAUAAUAAUAAAAGUGGUAAUGUCCUUUCUCAAUCUUCUAGUUAUGAUUAUAUAACAAAUAGCGACGGGAAUGAUAAUGAUGAUAUAGAUAAUCAAAUAUGUAAAAAUAGAUAUAUGAAUAAUAUCCAAAAAUAUAAUGCAUUUUCUUUACCUUGGUUUAAUACAUAUUUUAAAACAUCGUGGACCUAUACACAUUUGUUUAAUAAUUCGUCAUGUACUCCUUUAGGUAUUGUUUAUAUAUGUAGUACAAGGGAUAAUAAUGUUAUUGAUCUAUAUAAAUCAAUGAUUAAAAAUAAUAUAAAAAGAAAUAACGCUUAUAUGAACGCUAAUAUACCCAAGUGUAUUAUUCUUCUUCAUAUUUCAAAUAACCAUGAUGACGAUAUAGAAACAGAUGUUCAGAAAUUAUUUGUAAACAUACAAUCAACUUUUUUAAAUUAUAAGUGUCAUUUGUUAAUAAUUAAAGCACAUCGAUUUUUGAAUGCCUAUGAAAAAUAUGAACGUAAUGGAAGAAAUAAAAACCAGGAAGUCAAGAGAAAAAUAUAUCAUCAUGAUAAUAUGAAAAAUGACAUGAGUGAAAAUUUGAACAAAAAUUCAAAGGAUCACUCUUUUGAAAGUAGCAGUGAUAAUAAUUUUCAGAGUUCGAUUACAUAUGAAUUAAAAAAUAAUAAUUUUUUAAACAAUAAAUUAUAUCAUGAUGAACAAGAAGAAUCAUAUAACCAAAACAAUCAUAUAACUAAUAAAAUGGUUUAUUCAUAUAAUAAUAAUAAUAAUAAUGAUGAUAAUUAUGAUGAUAAUAAUGGUGAUAAUAAUGAUGAUAAUAAUGGUGAUAAUAAUGGUGAUAAUAAUGAUGAUAAUAAUGAUGAUAAUAAUGAUGACAAUUAUGACGAAACAAAGAUGAGAAAAAAAGAAGAAACCCUGACUUGUUCUGAUAAAAAUCAGAAAAGUAGAAUAGAUGAAAAAAACAAAAAAUAUGUCAAUAAUGUAGACCAUUUAAAUAAUAUCCAAAAGUUAUAUAUGAAUCAUUUAAGUAUACAUUUUAGCGAUUUUUUUUUGGAUGAUGGUAUAAAGGUUGCCAGAAAUAUUAAUGAUAUCGAAGAAAGUAUCAAAAUAAAAAAGGAUAUUUGUAGUGAUAUGAAUAGUAUUUAUGAAUAUAUAUUGUCAGAUAAAAUAUUAUGUAUUAGUAAGAAAAUGCCUUUAUAUAUUGAUGGGAUAUAUUUUUGUUGUUGUUUAGAUUAUAUUGAUAUUAUAUCUCUAAAAAUGUUUAUUCAUAAUUUUAUAAAAACUUGUGUUAUACCAUAUAUUAGUAUGUUAACUAAUGAUAUCAAUAAUUUGAUUUUAAGUAAUAAAAAAAGUUUAAAAAAUCAGUUAAAAUUUAUGUGGAGAAAAACAAAAUUGAACUUCACUUCCUCUGACGCAGCAACAUUUGUUGCUGAGCAAACAAGUAACGUUUUAAUGAACGUAGCACAAAAUGUGUUGGUAUCGCCUAAUGAAAAUAAAAAUGAUGAAAGUGUAAAGGGAGCUGAUGUUUCUGUUGUGAAUGACGCGAAGGAUGGUUUGGAUGAGCGUGGUCAUUUAAUUGAAGAAGAAGAAAAUGAUAAAAGGGAUGAAAAAUUUGAUAAAAGGGAUGAAAAAUUUGAUAAAAGGGAUGAAAAAUAUGAUAAAAAGGAUGAAAAAUAUGAUAAAAGGGAUGAAAAAUAUGAUAAAAGGGAUGAAAAAUAUGAUAAAAAUAUUCAAAACAACCUUAAUGAACCAUCCCUUUUUAAUGUAUCAAAUAAUGAAUCAGGUUUAAAAUUAUUUGGUAGAAGAGAUUCAUCAUUUCAAUUUUUUAGACGAGCAGCUAGUAAUAAUUCAUCAUCUAGUACUAAAAAUUUAGUAGAAGGGAAGAAUUACCACAAGGAAUCCUUAGAAUGGUUUUAUAAAACGUUGAGUGAUAUUUAUUUCAUUUUAAAUGAAUUUGAAUUAUCAUAUAACGUUUUAAAAAUAUGUAUAAACGAAUUUAAACAUGAUAAGAUGUAUUUUUAUUUAGGAAGUAUAUAUGAAUUGAUUAGUUUAUGUAUUCAUCAUAUGGAUCAUGUUAAUAAAAAAGAUUCAUUAUAUUAUUUAGAUCUGAGUUACCAAAUGUAUCAUAAAUGUUAUUAUUUAAAUAAUAUGUUUAUAUGUUGUAUAUUAAAUUAUUAUUUAUCAUUGAUUUACGAUGAACAUAAUGAAUCAUCAUCUAUAAAUAUUUUGAUAAAUGCUAAUGUAGAUUUUUCUUAUUUAGAAGAAAAGUUAGCAACAGAAAAUAUGAAACUCUCAAAAUUCUUUAUUCAAAACAAUAAUAUAAGAUCUGGAUUGUUACUUGAACAAAUUACAUAUAGUUAUAAAAAGGAAAAAAUUGAUCAGUCGUAUAAUUUUAACGAGUUCAUUAAAAAUUUAAAUACUUAUAAUAAAAUAAUAACGAACAUGGUAAAUAAAAAUGUGCAUUAUUAUUUAGCAGACAAUAUGAAAAAAACAAAGAAAAAAAAAAAAGAACAAAUAAAUGAAGAAAUAAAUACAUUAAAUAAUAAAGAUAACAAUAUUGAUCAAAUGAAAUCUGAUAAUAAUAAUAUGAUAUCUCUGAUGAAGGAUAAUAAAAAUGUAAGUACAAAUUUGAUGAGUUAUGAUAAUAUGUCUACUCUAACAAAUAAUAAGGAUUUCCAUACCACUGAUAUUUGUAAUAAUAUGGAAAAUAAUAAUGAUAAGAAGAAAGAUAUAGAUAUUAUACCAACUUAUAGUAAUAAUAAAAUAAAUAAUGAAAUAAUAUUUGAUGAAAAUAAUAUAAACGAAAAGUAUCCAAAUAAUAAACAAACAAAAAAUAAAAAGGAUGAUAGACAUGAAAAUAUAAAUAUAGAGAAUAUAAAUAAUAAACUAAGUAUAAUGACACAAAAUAAUAAUAAUAAUAAUAAUAUAAUGUUUGUAAAAAAUAAAAAUUAUAAGUAUCGAAAAUAUUUAUUUGAAAUGACAUUAGCUGGUCAUACAUUUAAUAAGUGUGGUUUUAAAAGGUUAGCUUUAUUUUGUUAUUCAAAUGUAUUAAAAAAAUAUGAACAGAAAGUAUUUAUGAAACAUAUUUAUGAACAUUUACAUUUUAUGAUGGCUCGUCAAGCGUUUAGUAUUAAUUUAUAUUAUGAGGCAUUAAAUCAUUACAUAUGUAUUCUUAAUUCCAUCACAAAUAAUUAUGAAAAGUCGUAUAUCCUAAACAAACAAAUAGAUAUAUAUACAACUUCUGUAGAUAAAGAGGUCAAUUUUAUAAGAGAGUUUGCUUAUGUAUAUAAAAUAUAUGUAGACAAAGUUUUAAACAAAUUCUUGAAAAGUAGUAAAAAGAAGCAUACCAGUAAUAAUAAUAGUGAUGGUCAUAUAAAUAAUAAUAAUAGUAAUAGUGAUGACCAUAUAAAUAAUAAUAAUAAUAAUAGUGAUGUGCCAAGUCAUAUGAACAACCCAGGAAACAAUCAUAACGAGUCAUCAAGUCAAAACAAUUAUGAGCAGAAAAAAAAAAAAAUGAAUAGAAUAAAUUAUUUUAGCGAUGAUAAUACAGAAGAUAUUAUAAAACCAUUAAAUUUAAGAAUCCCUUUUAUUAAUUUAAGGAAUUCUGAAAGUUUAUUUGUUAAUUCUUUAUAUAUUUCCAAAACGAAUAUAUAUAAUAAUGAUAAAAAUCGUGAUAUUAAUUUUUUUCAUAUUUAUGAAAGUAAUAUUUAUAAAAUGAAAAACUAUGAUACAACUUUGAAUGAUAUGCAUCAUAUUCUGACAAGAAAUAUAUCUCAUGUGAGUUCGUCCCUUUUACAUGAAUUUAAUUAUAUGUACAUUAUGUAUAAGAAGUUCAUCAAUAAUGUAUAUAAUGAGGCAACCGAUAUAACAUAUGAUGAAUUUGUGGAUAGACAAGAAAUGGAAAAUAAUGAAAAAGAGGAGAAUUAUAUAAAUAGUAAUAAUGAUAGGAAACAAGACUCUUAUGAUAUAUAUGAAAUGAAUAAUGAUUAUAAUAUAAAAAAGGAUAGUAAAGAAGAAUCUGAAAAUACUUUAAGAUAUAUAAAAUCAUUGAAUUUAUAUACGCCAUAUAUAAAUGAAAAGGAUAGAAAUGAAUUUAAGAAAUACAUAAAGGAGUUGAAAAACAAAAUGAUAAAUUGUUUAGAAAUUACUAAUAAUACACAAAUCAAAGAUAUAUACCAAAAAAGUAUUAAUAACGAAGAAAUCAAAAUAAAUACUCAGUAUAUACAAUAUAUAACUAAAGGAGAUUAUAUAUUUGUUUCCUUUCAGUUGAUUAAUCCAUUAUAUACAAAGAUAGAGUGUCAGGGUACACAUAUAUGUGCAUACUAUUACAAUGAAAGGGUGAAUAAAGAUAUUUUGGUUGAAAAGAAAAUAUUUAUCUUGGAGCCUCGCCAAGCAAGGAUGUGUACGUUAUAUAUAAAACCUCAAAAGAAAGGAUUGCUCUUUAUAUCGGGUGUGACGUGGCAUCUUUUCGGGCUAGUGAAGAUUUACCAAAGCUUCUACAUCCAUGGGUUUAGAAAAAUACAGAAAAAAUUUAAUAAAAUGCAUGCACUAAAAUAUGACGAGAUAUACAACUGUGAAGAUAAUAUUCAGAAGAAAGAAAAAAUCAAACAUUUGAAAAAAGAAAUGAAUAAAUAUACAUGGUCUAAUAAUAUAGGUAUGCUUGAAAAAAAGAGUUUAAAAAAAAUGUCCUAUUAUGAUAUUGAUCAAAGGUUAUUAUUAUAUGUUUAUGAAAAGUGUUAUAAGUUUUCUUUUGAGUUUGUGAAUAUCUAUCUAAAUAGGAAUGAAUCGAAGAAACUUAUGAAUGGUGAAAUAAAUGAGGAUGAAAACAAAAUUACUGUAAAUAAUUAUGAGAUAGAUAUGAUAGAACUAUUUGAGGGUGAAUAUGUUGAAAGCAUAUUUAAGAUUACAAACUAUUCAGAGGGUGAUAUAAAUUACAUGGCUUUAUGUAUAACUCCAUGUAACUUAUUUAUGUGUUAUAAGAUAGUACAUUGUGGAGUUGAGUGGGGAUCACAAGAAUAUGUAUUGUGUAAUGAAAAAAAGAAUUUUGAAAGGACAAACAAUAAUAAUAACAAUAAUAAUGGCAAUAAUAAUGGCAAUAAUAAUGGCAAUAAUAAUGGCAAUAAUAAUGACAACAAUAAUGACAACAAUAAUGACAAUAAUAAUGGCAAUAAUAAUGACAAUAAUAAUUAUAAUAAUAAUGGUGAGUGUCGGUGGGAUGGUGAAGAAAAAAAAAAUACAAUACAUAAGAUCAGAAUAAAUAAACAACUUUCUAUACAUAAUGAACUGUAUACGAACGAAAAUGUUGAUAAAGAUAUAAAUGUGUUUAAACAAAAAUUUAAACAUAAAAAUAUUCAACACAUAAUAAUUAAUGGUGAUAUAAAAAAAGAAGAUACCUUUUCUUUAUAUUUCCAAGUUAAUACAACAUAUUCAGGUUUACAUAAAUGUAUGAUGACCAUGUUUUGUAAAAAAAAAAACGAUGAACAAAUGAACAAAGAAAAUAAGAGUUCUUCAAAUUAUUUAGAUAUCCUUAAUCAGAAAAAAGAAGGAUGUUAUCUUUUUAUGAGAUUAAUGAAUGUAAUCCCUUUAAUAAAAUUAAAAAUAUAUUCACCAUUAAGUAUUAUUCACAAUGACAAAUAUAAUUAUAUAUAUUUGUCUUUUGAAAAUAUGUGUAAGAGAGAUAUAUAUAUUAGGAAUAUAUAUCUGCAUUAUGUGUUAAAUGAAAAAUGGUUAAAUAUGUAUAUAAAAAGAAACGAAAAAAAAAAAUAUAUGAAAAAUAUAGAAGAUGUACAUAUUUUUGAAUGUAUAUCUAAAAAGGAUGAUAAACAUGAUGGUGAUAGUUGUAUCAUGUCUUAUUAUUAUAAUAGCAAAUUAUAUAAUUUUUAUUCACAAAAUAAUAAUUGUUUAUAUAUAAAGAAAAAUGAAAAAUCAACUUUUCUAUUUUAUACAGAAAAAAUUGAUUUACAAAAUAUGUGUACGUGUUAUCUAUUUCUUGAAUGGUCAUUGAAAGGAGAUGAGAAUAUAAGAAGUGGGAUUUUACAAAAAGACAUGAAAUUUUCUAAUGAUAUAAUAAAAUUUUCUAUGGAAAAUAUAGAAACGGAUAUAUAUAUGAAUAAUGAAAAAGAAAAAAAAGUACAAAUUUGUAUAAAUAUACAAAAUAAUACAAAUAUAGAUUUAAAGGAAUGUUAUAUACAUGCCGAUGAAAUUGAUGCAAUGCAUACAUUGUCUUUUAUAAAAAAUCAUAUCGAUGAUAAUAAUGAAUUUGUGAAUUUAUCUAUAUUAAAUACGCACGACCAAGAAGAUAAUAAUAUAUCCAUAAAAGGUGUAUAUGGUGUUAAUGGUGUAAAUAGUGUUAAUGGUGUAAAUAGUGUUAAUGGUGUAAAUAGUAUUAAUGGUGUUAAUGAUGCAUAUGAUGAUAAUGUUAAUCAAUAUUUAACAAGAAAUGUAACAAUUUGUAGAGAUAAUACAAAUUAUAAUGAUACCCAUAUAAUUUAUGGUAAGAACAAUGGAACACCUUAUAAUGAGGAACCCAUACAAGAUAAUGAUAUGUUAAAAAGAGAUCCUAUUAUAUAUAAUCAAAAUGAAAAAAAUAAGGAUAUAUUAUUUUUUCCUGAUAAUCCGAAGGAAUUAAUAGAAAAUAACACAUGCCUUUAUAACGAUGGUGUUAUAAAGAAUAUAUAUACAGAUGAACAAAACCAAAAUGAAGAUAAUAAAACAACAAAUAUUUGUUCCUUUUCAUAUAAUAAAAAAAUCAAAGAUGAUAUAUAUCAUAUACAAAGGAAUAUUACAAAACAAAUUGAUUUGUUUAAUUAUAAUUUUAUAACAGCUAGAUUUAGAUAUAAAAAGAAUUUUGAAAUAUCUAUGUUACAAAAAAGUUUUAUAUCAUCAAAUAAUAGAAGUAGUACAUUAUUAAAAAAUAGGGACAUGUUAGUACCAAAUAAUAACAACUUGUUUUUUUUUCGAAAGGAUAAGAUCUUUACACAUGGUGAUGAUAUGUUUUCGUCUUGGGAUAAAAUUCCAAUACUCAAAAAAAAUUCGUCGAAAGAAAAAAAUAAAGAUGAUCAAUUAAUUAACGAUUCGUUUAUACAAAAUAAUAGAUCAUUUGAUGAUACACUUUUUAAAGAAAGACGAAAGAAAAAAAAAAUCUAUAAUGUUAUAAAAUAUAAUACGUAUUAUACACAUAAUUAUGAUGAUACCAAUUCUUUAAUACCAAUAAGGAGAACCAACAAAAAGUAUAAAGAUAAAAAACAACAAGAAAUAGACCAAGAGAACGAAGAAAAGGAAGAAAAGGAAGAAAAAGAAGAACAUGAAAUUAAAGAAAUCCAAAUGGAAAACAAGAAGGGGAAGGAAAAGCAAAAGGAUAAGACAAAAGUAAUGGUAGAAACAGGAAAUGAUCAAAACAUGUAUUAUAAGCAAUUAUCUAUGAACAAAUAUGUUACAUUAAAUGGAUAUAUAUACACUGGAUUAGUUCAAAGAUAUAUAAAAAGAUUAAAAAAGUAUCAAAAGAAAAAAUUAUAUUUUAAUCUCAUUUUUACACAAGAAGGGAUAUAUAACAUAAAUAAAUUCCAUGUCAUCUUUAAAUUGAAUGAUAAACUAUUUAUAUUUAAGCCCCUGAAUAAUAUAAUCGUGCAGGUACAUAAAUGA